GAUGCCUGCCUUGUGCCGAGCGCUGUCACCUUUUCUGGGCUUGUUCAGAUGGACAGCCCUGCUUGGUCUUUAUGGGAGGCAGACCACACGGAGGAAACUGCACAGGCUCGGAAGACAGACCUGGGUUUCAAUCCCGACUCCACCUCGGGCAACUUAGGUAACAUCUCAGAGCCUCAAGGUGGCGAAUGGCAAGGGACAGGGGCUCUGAACUCAGAGGAAGCCGUUGCUUUCUGGGAUCUGGCUACAGCACAAAAGACGGUCUGCUCCAAGAAGGGUGUUCCAGAGGUUAGCUGGGAGUUGGAAGAGCCAAGGACGCCUCCGAGCUCUGGAUCUGCGGUCCUCUGUCUAUGCGUGCAGCGCCCAUGCCCAGCCUGUGAGCUUCCUCCUGGAGAGCAGCCAUGGCGCUGAGGAAUGUGCCCUUUCGCUCAGAGGUCCUGGGCUGGGACCCCGAUAGCCUUGCGGACUACUUUAAGAAGCUGAACUACAGGGACUGUGAAAGGGCAGUGAGGAAGCACCUCAUCGACGGCGCUCGGUUUUUGAACCUGACAGAAAACGACAUCCAGAAGUUCCCCAAGCUCCGGGUGCCGAUUCUCAGUAAGUUAAGUCAAGAAAUCAACAAGAACGAAGAGAGGAGGAGCAUCUUCACACGCAAACCCCAGGUCCAGCGGUUUCCUGAAGAGACAGAAAGCCAUGAAGAGGACAACGGGGGCUGGUCGUCCUUUGAAGAAGAUGACUAUGAAAGUCCCAAUGACGAUCAGGAUGGGGAGGAUGAUGGUGACUACGAGUCCCCCAACGAGGAGGAAGAAGCACCCGUGGAAGACGACGCCGACUAUGAGCCGCCACCCUCCAACGACGAGGAAGCUCUGCAGAGCUCCAUCCUGCCGGCCAAGCCUUUCCCCAACACCAACUCCAUGUACAUCGACCGGCCCCCGUCCGGGAAGGGCCCCCAGCAGCCCCCCGUGCCCCCCCAGAGACCCACGGCCGCCCUGCCGCCCCCGCCAGUCAGCAGGAACCACUCGCCACUGCCCCCACCCCAGUCCAACCACGAAGAGCCUAGCAGAAGCAGAAACCACAAAACAGCAAAGCUGCCGCCUCCUUCGAUAGACAGAAGCACAAAACCUCCCCUGGAUCGCUCAUUAGCUCCGUUUGACAGAGAGCCCUUCACACUAGGAAAGAAACCAGCGUUUUCUGACAAGCCCUCCGUCCCAGCGGGAAGGCCUCUCGGAGAGCCUUUAUCCAAGAUACAAAAGCCUCCUUUGCCACCAACCACGGAAAGACACGAAAGAAGUAGCCCCCUGCCAGGGAAGAAGCCACCUGUGCCAAAGCAUGGAUGGGGACAAGACAGAAGAGAGAAUGAUGAAGAUGAUGUGCAUCAAAGGCCUCUGCCCCAGCCAGCACUACUUCCUAUGAGCUCCAACACUUUUCCUUCAAGAUCUACCAAGCCGGGCGCCAAGCACUCUCUCCCAUCCUCUCACAUGCCUGGAGCUUUCUCAGAAAGCAACAGCAGUUUUCCGCAGAGCGCCUCUCUCCCGCCGUACUUCUCUCAAGGCUCCAGCAACAGACCACCUCUCAGAGCUGAAGGCAGAAACUUUCCCUUGCCAGUUCCCAACAAACCUCGGCCCCCAUCCCCUGCGGAAGAAGAGAAUUCAUUAAACGAAGAGUGGUACGUUUCUUAUAUUACCCGACCAGAGGCAGAAGCUGCUCUUAGAAGGAUAAACCAGGAUGGCACUUUUCUGGUUAGAGACAGCUCUAAAAAGACAAUAACCAAUCCGUAUGUCCUUAUGGUGUUGUACAAAGAUAAAGUUUACAACAUCCAGAUCCGUUACCAGGAGGAAAGUCAAGUUUACUUGUUGGGAACUGGGCUCCGAGGGAAAGAGGACUUUUUGUCUGUGUCAGAUAUUAUUGACUACUUCAGGAAAAUGCCACUUCUGCUAAUUGAUGGGAAAAACCGAGGUUCCAGAUACCAGUGCACAUUAACGCAUGCUGCAGGGUAUCCAUAGCAAGGCAGCCAAGCAAACGAGCCUUCCUCCUGCCUCUGUUGCCAACACGGAUGAUCAAUCAACUUUGGUCAAUGGACAAACACUCAGGACUGAAUCAAGACCCUCACCAUGAACACAAGGGUUUUGUCCUUUCCUUUAAAAGGUGUUUGCAAUGAAGACUGUCAAAUAUCCCAUAAUUUAUUUAUUCUUCUUCAAUGUUUGUAAAGUGCAUGAGUAAUAAUGUUCACAUUUGAAGUCUAGUAAUGCACUGUAAUAAUUCAUUUUUAAAAAUGUGUAUUUUUGAAUACCCACUUCAAAGUACAGUAGUUUACACAGCUACAGAAAUAAUUUGGGGCAAGUUUAAAAACACUGAAACAGUGAUAGUUAUUGGUAUCACGUAAAACUGAUUUUUUUUUAUAGCCAAACCUCUUGUCAGUCAGAGGCAUCAUUAGUUUUAUAAAUAUAAUUUAAAAGUUACUAAAAUUCAUUUUCUCAUCAGCAAUAAUUUAAGAGGCUUCAAAGAUAUAAUUUCAUUCCUCCUCAUUGGUGUUUCUUUUUUCUGGGGGAGGGGAUUUUUAUGUACCUUUUUAUGAAAGAUAAAUGCAUAACUUCUGGGAUUAAAAUUGUCUUUUGCUUUA